AUAGACCAUGCGAGAUGUCGGGCGCUGGCCCAUCCCGACAUCGUCAACUUCGCCGUCUCAGUCCUCCUCGUCGUGGGCAUUCUCGUCUCGUACCUGCCGCAGCACUACAAGAUCAUAUCGCGGCGCUCGUCUCGCGGCCUGAGCCCGCUGUUCGUCCUCCUCGGCACCGUGUCGGGCACUGCGAGCAUCGCCAACAUACUCACUCUGCCUGAGAGCACUGCAGACAUGGCCUGUUGCAAGGAGAUUGGCAAGUUCCCCUGCGCAGCCGCCCUGCUUGGUAUUGCACAAAUCGGCGUGCAGUGGACCUGCUUCUUCUUCAUCAUGCUCCUCUUCCUCAUCUUUUUCCCCCGCGCACCCAUCCCCGGCAUCGACCAGGACGCCGAAGAGACCGACUCGUCCAACAUGCCGACCUGGAAAGAAGCCGUCCUCGUGCUGGCCAUCUCCCUCGCCUUCUUCAUAGUCGCCUUCAUCGGCUCCGUCGUCUUCGUGUACGCAGUCCCUUCCCACGUCCGUGGCUGGGCCAACUUCCUCGGUCUGCUAGCCACCGGCCUGGCUGCUAUACAGUACAUUCCGCAAAUCAUCACCACGUGGCGCUUGCAGGAGACGGCCAGCUUAUCCGUGCUGAUGAUGUGCAUUCAGACGCCGGGCAGCUUUGUGUUCGCGGCGAGUCUGUAUGCUAGGCUCGGAAGGGGAGGAUGGAGCGCAUGGGGACUGUUCAUCUUCACUGGUUGUUUGCAGGGGUGCUUGUUGGCGAUGAGUCUGGCAUUCUUGUGGAGGGACAGGAAGGAGCAGAAGAGGCUCGAGCAGGAGGCGGCGGCGAACGGUAACAGUGAGCGGACGCCGCUGUUGGUGAGUGAGGAUGUUAGCUAGACGUGUAGUUUUACCGUCCACCAGCACAUUGGAGUUCUUUCGCAGUCCUUGAUGCUCGCAUCUGCCGAGUCUGUGCCCCAGCGUUGCACGAGCGUGUGUAUCUGUGAAGCGACGUGCCUGUCCUGUUCACAUUAACGUGCCUGCCCUGUUCACAUUAACGUGCUUGCCCUGUCCACAUCAACGUACAACGACUGCAGCCAGUCACUUCUCAACCCGUCUUCAAUUGUAACACUGCAAUCGCAACGCUCGCACAAGCGAUCCAAACCUCUGCCAUGAUGUCCUGCAAUCUUCCACUCGUCUUGACUCACCGCCUCAGCUGAGAUCUGCGACCUCAGAACAG